AUGGUGCAAUUAUUGCACUCUAAUGGACAGUUCACGGGAUUGCCUCAUGAAGACCCUCAAGUUCACAUCCAAAAUUUUUUGGAGAUCAGCGACACUUACACGCCAAUUGGGGUAUCUCCUGAUUAUGUGAGACUAACAUCGUUUCCUUUUUCUUUGAUAGGAGAAGCCAAGAGGUGGUUGAAGUCGAAACCACCAAAUUCAAUCACUUUGUGGAAUGAUUUGUCCCGCAAGUUUCUUAUAAGUUGCCCUCAUCAUUAUCAGGCUAACGAAGUUUUGGUUCAUACCUUCAUAGAAGGGUUGGAGCCUAACACCAAAAUUCUUCUUGAUUCAGCUGCAGGUGGGCAAGCCUUGGAGAAAACAUAUGAUGAGUUAUACACAUUGUUAAAUCGCAUAUCCCAGGGAAAUUCAGAGUGGAAUGGAGGAAGUGCUCGAUCUGUCACCCAAAAACAAGUAGGCAUGUUAGAGGUUGAUGCAGUAACUGCAUUGACAACACAAAUAUAUGGUGCGAAGUAUGUAGAAGCAGUGAGCAUGUGGCCGAACAUUGUGGAGAAAAUCCAGAAUCAAUAA